UCAUCUGUUCUAGCGCUGAACUCUGAACAUCUCAAAAAGUUGGAAGAAGUAAAAACUAAAUCAAAUAAGGAAGAGAGUAUGGGUGAAAAUCCUACCCACAACAAGAAAACUGGUUUGCCCCGAAAACGUUUUUAUCGAGCCCGUGCUCAUAGUAAUCCGUUAAGUGACUCACAUUUUCCGAUUCCUAUUUCUCCUGAUGAGGUUGAUUAUUCUCUACAUUAUCCUGAAGUGGUUAAAGUUGAUCCUUCUAAAAGGAUCGAGUUUGCUGAUGUUGGUUGUGGAUUUGGUGGUUUAUUGAUUGCCCUCGCGCCCCUUUUCCCUGAUAAUCUUAUGAUUGGGAUGGAGUUGAGGGACAAGGUGACUGAGUAUGUGAAGGAGCGGAUUUUGGGGUUGAGGACGACUAAUCCUGGUCAAUAUCAGAAUAUUUCUGUGGUACGGACAAAUUCAAUGAAGUAUAUUCCUAAUUAUUUUGGGAAAGGACAGCUUAAAAAGAUGUUUUUCUUGUUCCCUGAUCCUCAUUUUAAAGAGAAGAAUCAUCGUCGACGUGUGAUUAGUCCAUUCUUGUUAGAUGAGUAUGCGUAUGUGCUUGCAGUUGGUGGAAUUAUAUACACAAUAACGGAUGUUGAGGAGCUUGGUGAGUGGAUGAAAUCAUGUUUGGAAGAACAUCCGAUGUUUGAGGCACUUACGACUGAAGAACUUGAAGCUGAUCAGGUUGUAAAGCUCCUUACUGCUGCAACAGAAGAAGGACAAAAGGUAGCACGCAACGGUGGACAAACAUUCCGAGCUGUUUUUAGACGAAUUGCAAUUCACUGAAUGGUAUUGUCAAAUUCUAGGGAUUUUUCAUACCUCCUGUUUCGUGGUAAGAGAUGAGAUAUCCUCCGUCUUCUGUUGUUGAGUUAAUAGAAAUGUGGUUACCACAACUAAUUAUAGAUACUUUGUGACUGAUCAUCGAGAUCAAUCACCAUUCUGCGCCUUUUUCUUGAUUUUGAUUGUUCUGUUCUUGAGAAUGCAGUUAGUUUAUCAUUCAUGAAGGCAGCUCAUGCGCUUUUCUAAACCUGAUCUAGCAGAAUUGAUUAGAAUGGAUUGUUUAUCAUGAAUUUGCUCAACAAUUAGAUUCGCAAGAAUGUUUUGCUAUUGUAUUUUGACAAAAAAUUUAGGUGUAUUAGGACAAGUAGCCAUCUCUAUUGAGCUUCAAACGUCUUGUAUUAUGCUUAUAUCAUAACUUAAUCUUUCUGAUUGUUAAAUUCUUAACGAUAUUUGUGUUUCCAGUA